CCUUCUGCAGUUGGAAACAUUUUCCUGUUUUUGUCCUAAACCGUUGUAGAACGUUUCUAAAACCCCCUAUUCAAUAGACUUGAUUUAAACUUUUUAAAAAGAUUUCUUCUAGUCUCGUUGCAAGCGUGAUUACAAAUAAUUUUGGAGAUUACCGAUUCUAUUUUUAAUAAAAUCGGGAAGGUUUUUAUUUUUUAAAUAAUUUUUCAAACGAACCGGCCCAUAGCCCUAGUGUAUAAGCCCCCACGUGGGAAAAUGAGUAUUUUUGAAGUUUUUUAUAUUCUAGUGGUAUUAAACGUAUAUAUUUUUUAAAACUAGACAUAUAGUUCUAUUUUUCACAGUUAUUUGUUUGUUUAUAUGUAUUAGAUCUUCAAUUUGAUUAUUUUUUUGCAAAAUACAUAUUUUUUAGGAUUUUUAAAAUACGGAGUUAUCCCUCCUUGCUUAGGACUUGGAAGUGGGUUUUCUGAACCGGAAAUAUGAGCUAUUGGGUUAAAAUGAAUGGCCAGUUACUAAGAGCUAAUUGUAUGACGGUUGGAAAAUACUUGCGCCAGAGUUUGUUCGCAUUGUAGCGGAUAGAAAAGGUUUAUUUUAUUUUGUUGUUAUAUCUCUAUGCUGGCACUGCUUAAUUUGUUUUCAUCAAUAGAAGUCUUCACUUGGCUCUAUGGCAUCAAAAAAUGCAAGAAGGAAAAAAUGGAAUUCAGAUCUUGGAAAGAUUGCAUCAAAAUCGGCAAUACUUCAGAAGAAAUCAGGAAUAAUAAAAAAGAAAUAUUAUAAAUUCUUUCUUCAUAAAAGCAGAGUUGUAAAUAGUUCUUACAAUAUCAUAGGUGAUCAUGAAGCACAGGAGGCGGAAGGUGGAGAGGUUGAUCUACACCAGUUUUAUAAUGACUGUAAGAAGAAUCCAGGUCAUAUCCAGUUUAUACCUGUUGAAAAAUUCACCUUGAAACAUUUACCAGAAGGGCUUCAAGACCCUUGCUUGUAUAAACUCAUUAAAGCUUCAGCGGACAUGACAGUUAGAGUCAGUGUUACAAUGACCAGUCCAGACAGACCACAGUUUUGGGCAGGGACAACUCAACCGUAUCCAUUUUGUAAUCUAAAGAACGAACCACAGUUAAGGACAGGAAGUGGAAGAAUUUGGAAUGUAAACAAAAUGAAAGAUGGAGAAGUACAGGAUGGAUAUUAUCAUAGUAGCUACACAAAAUGUUGGUGCCAAAAAUGUCAAGAUUCAGACUGCCCCAGCAAUGUGUGGUGGGAGUUUUCUGUGCACACAGCCUGUCACGUGGUUUUCGAUGUCACUGAGGCGAGUCACACGAAAUUGAGAUUAUUUUUUGAUAGCGAUGCUAGUCCUUUGGUCAUUGUUGAUAAAUUCGAAUUUCUAUACUCAAGUAAAGAUUAUGACAUUUGUGCUUUGAACUGUGUGACGUGUGACAAAGCUUUGGGAGAAAAACUAAUGAAAAUAUAUAAAUGUCAUCUUGAUAUUUGGGAGGAAAUCUUAUUCAACCCAUCUUACUCUAGAGAUAAGCACAAGAUGGCGUUUAUAGUGUCACAUCCUCAUGGAUGUCCCAAGCAGAUCAGUAUUGGUCAAUGGAAGGACAAAAUACUGAUCCAUGAUAGAACAAAGUUUACAUAUUCCACCACUACAUGUCCAGGAAGUAGUGGGGCAACUGUCCAUUGUGUGGGCUAUAGUGGUACGGCGUGGAGAUCAGAAUUCGUUCACAGUGGAACUAAAUCUGGAUUAAAUUAUAGUGGAGUCGGUCAAGUCUUUUCAAAAUCUAAGUGAUGCUAGGUGAUUUGCGCACUAAUAACUUAAAGCACACGAAGCGCUGCAUUGAAAACAGAGAAGAAACACCCCAUAUACACAUUUGGGCAAACAGGUAUAU